AUGGGCCACGGCAAAUCCGACCGACCCUUCCUGAGUGCUGCCGAGCACUCAGGCGUCUACGGAGCACACGGAGCCUCGUCGGGCAAGCAAGGUGGACUCGAGCAAGAAGCUUUCCACCCGGUCUCCUUUGACUGCUGCGCCCUCUCGUUCCAGCCAUGGAACAUCCCUGUCUGCUCCAACGAUUGCGGCAUCGCUUUUGAACUCACGAAUCUGAUCCCAUAUGUACGCAAAUUCGGAACGCAUCCAGUUACGGGCAAAGCCUUUGAUCUGGACAAUGUGGUGCGCUUGACUUUCCACAAGAACGAGCAGGGUCGAUUUCACGACCCGGUCUCGUUCAAGGAGUUUGGCCAGCAUUCGCAUCUGGUCGCAAUCAGACAGAGCGGCAAUGUGUUUCUGCACGACACGGUGCACAGGCUCAACGUCAAGGCCAAAUACAUGAGGGAUCUGGUGACAGACGAAGCCUUCACCAAAGCGGAUAUCAUUGCGGUCCAAGAUCCGAACCAUCCCGAAACCAGGAACCCGAGCGCGAUGCAUCACGUCAAGGAAGGGCUCAAGCUCACACAGGCGGACAAGGGCAUCGAUAGCGCUGAGCAGAUCAACAUGGGUGCUACUGGCAGCGCUCAGAAGCUGCUCACCAAGCUUCGAGGCAGCGCGUCGUCCGAGACGCAGGGUACACCCCCAUCCCUAUCCACUUCCAAAACCAGUCGUCCCGCCGCUUCAGCUGAUCCCUCUGCGGCGCCUUCGAAAGCACCCAACUCGGCAUACACCCGCAACAAAGCCUCGGGCAGCUCAACCGGCAUGGCCGCCGCCAGUUUCACGUCAUCCAGUCUCACCCCGCGCACCGCCAUCGAGCGUGUCGUACUCGACGACGAAGAGGUCAUGUUCGACCACGUCAAGACGCGCCUUCGCGAGAAAGGCUACGUGCGGCUCACCACCAACUUUGGCCCGCUCAACCUCGAGCUGCACUGCGACAAGGCUCCCAAGACGUGCUACAAUUUCCUGCAGCUGUGCAAGCAGGGGAAAUACGACGAUACGAUUUUCCACCGCAACAUCCGGGGGUUUAUGAUUCAGGGCGGAGAUCCGACAGGGACGGGCCGUGGCGGGAGCAGCAUCUGGGGCCACGAGUUCAGGGAUGAGUACAACGAGCCCGGUGCGUUCAAGCAUGAGGCCAGAGGGGUGCUGUCGAUGGCGAAUAAGGGUAGCGGUACGAACGGGAGUCAAUUUUUUAUCACGUACAGGGCGGUGCCGCAUUUGGAUGGCAAGCAUACCGUGUUUGGGCGGUUGGUGGAUGGCGAGAAGGACAAGACGUUGACAGCGCUGGAACAGAUACCGUCGGAAGAAGGCACGGAUCGACCACUUCGAAAGAUCAAAAUUCUGGACGUGCUGGUGACAGCAGAUCCAUUUGAAAAGUAUCAGUUGAGGCAAAAGCAAUCUGCCAAAGCCAACGACCCCACUGAUCCGGACUACAUCAGGAGGAUGGAAAAGCGGAAACGUAGAGAGGCGGAUCGAACGACGUGGCUGGGAACGGAGUUGCCGACGAAAGAUGCGAAUGGCUCAGAAAAGAGUGCGAAGGCGGCAGGCCUGCUAGCUGGCUCUUCGACCAUCGGAAAGUACCUGCCGGUAUCGAGUAAUGGUGCGAUGCGUGAAGAUCAGAGUCAGGGUAAGAAGAGAAAGACCGCCGGUGGGUUUGGCGACUUUUCCGGCUGGUAG